CAAAGCUGUCGUUCUCCCAGUCCGGCUCACACUCCACACACUUCCUACUCCUUAUUCCCUUCCUCUUAUCACAAUUCACCUCAAAAACGCACUUGACACUUCAAUGCACUUAACUUUCCUCAUCUGAAAAAAAUGUGAGUGACCCCUGCAAGUUGUACUCGAAACCGGCGAGUAAAGUGCAUGAUGGUAAAAAUCGAGCGACUUACCGACAACAUCCAUCUCGGGGAAGCCCCCCAUUGGGAGGCCGAAUCCGAGAGUCUCUUCUACGUAGACAUCCUCGGAAUGGCGGUUUACAAAUACACCCCUGCUACUAAAAAGUGCACCAAAGCUUCAGUGGGAGUGAAUUUAGUGUCUUUCAUCAUCCCGGUAGAAGGAGAGAAAAACCAAUUCGUAGUGUCUCUAGGACGAGAAAUCGUCAGAAUUUUCUGGAAUAGUGAAACCGAGGAUAUGAAAGUGGUGGAAAAGCUGGCGGAAGUAGAAAACUCGCCAGAGUUUGUCGAUAAUAGGUUUAAUGACGGGAAAUGUGACCCUUCUGGAAGGCUAUGGGCCGGCACCUUGAACACCAAAGCGGAAAAACCUCUAGUUUAUCCUCCAAAAGGGACACUCUACAGUUUAGACGCGGAAAGAAACGUCAGAAGUCACGUGAGCAGUUUGAAGAUUUCGAAUGGGAUGGCUUUUAACCCUAAACUCAAAGCUAUGUAUUUUAUAGACUCCUCAAAGGGGACUGUGGACCAUUACGACUUCGAUAUGGCGUCAGGGACAAUUUCAAAUCCUCGACCAAUUUUCACGUUGAGCAAUCACGGUAUAGAGGGGAUUCCCGAUGGAAUGACCAUAGACAUCGACGGUAAUUUAUGGGUGGCAGUUUUUAAUGGCGGAAAAAUUAUCAGGAUUGACCCCAGGCGGCCUGAAACCCUUCUAGACGCCAUAGAAAUGCCAGUGAAACAAGUAACAUCAUUGACUUUUGGGGGACCAUACCUCGACGAGAUGUAUGUCACAACUGGAGCUUACAAAAUCGACGAUCAAGAUCUACCACCACCUGACAAUGGUGCUCUAUACAAAAUCACCGGUUUGGGUACCAGAGGGUUACAAGCAGCCAAGUUUCGCCUUGUAAACAUGUAAAAAAAUAUGACAAUGAUAAAACUGUUGUUUACGAGGUGUUUUAAUUGCUCCAAUAAACUGUACAUACAUAAAUUUGCUUGA